UGAAAAAAAAAGAAUGUGUGAUGAAGAAGCAAGAAAAAAAUGUCAAAAAUUGGCAAGAAACAGUGAAGGUUAUCAAGGUGUUUCAAUGUGCUUUUACCUUGUUCAAGGAACGUGAAAAAAGAAGGAUUGAAACCCAUGAAGAUAAAGAGAUGAAAAAGAUGGUAAAGAAGAUGUUGUUAGCACCCGAGAUGCUUUAAGUGGCUUUAAACUCACAUUUUUACCAAAAUUGUUUCUCAGUUGAAAACUUGCUGUUGCUUGGAUCGUCUGCUUUUCUGGUUCCUCCAUCUUGCUGUAAACCUGGCUUUAACUUACAAUGUCUUUAUCGUCUGAUCAACUUGAUUCCUCUUUUCGCUGUGGCUUUUGCCAUCGAAUGUUUAAACACAAACGAAGUCGAGAUCGCCACAUUAAAAUUCAUACCGGUGAUCGCCGUUAUAAAUGUAACCAUUGUGAUUCAGCUUUUGCUCGUAGUGAUCAUCUCAAGACUCACAUGAAAACUCAUGAUGAUAUGAAGCCUCACCGUUGUUAUCCUUGUAAUAGAGGAUUUUCAUCGUCUGCUGCUUUAACAUCACACAUUCAAAACCAUAAAAAAGCAGCUCUAAAGGCAAAGACUACUCUUGAUGAAUGUAAAAAUGUUGCUGAACCUAAAAGUAUUCCUGAACAAGAAAAUAUUCCUGUUAACAAAAGUUCAAAUAUUCAGAAGGAGGAAAAGGCUGAACAGCAACAAGUAACCUGUGGCUUAUGUGGUAACAAAUGUACUUCACUUGACACACAUAUAAGGGAAAGUCAUCUCAAUCAACUUAUUUUUGCUGAUCUGCUUCAAAACUCUUUCUAUGGUGCUUCGCUUGCUAACUGGCAAAAGUUGAUUCAAACUCAAGUUCAUUCUGAAUCUUCAUCGUCGUCUUCAGCUUAUGAAAGAACACCAAAUUCUAGCCCAAUUCAACAUGUACUUUCUACUCCGAACUUUCAUAAUGAAUACCUUCAUCAACAACGUUCUUGUCCAUAUUGUGAAACAAUUGUUACCUCUGACCUGGAGAAUCACAUAAUCAGUUCACAUUUAGCGUCAACUGUAUCCUCAUUCACCUGUGAAUCUUGUAAAAAAGUAUUUACUAAAUCAGAUGAUCUAACGAAACACCUAAUGGACUAUCAUUCCCAUCAUCUGUAUCAAUGUUCAAUUUGUCGUGAAAUGUUUGAUACUGAUGUCACUUUACAAGUUCACUUUGCAGUUAAACAUUCAAACCAAUGUAAAGUAUUUAAAUGUUCAAUUUGUAAUGAACUUUGGCCAAAUGAAAACGAUUUCAAAGUUCACCUUAAAGUCGCUCAUUUCUCAACCCCAAGUCUAGUCAACCACCACAACCUUGCUCAUCAACACCAACACCAACAUCAAACCACUAACGGUGUUCAUCCAUACUCACCAAGUGCCUAUCGUCAUUUACCUUCAUCUUUGGUAACCUCAACAAGUAACUCAAACAAUGGCAAUAACACCAAUCCUCAUCACAAUUUAACAGUUAACAGUUUAACUGCGGCAGCAUUCCAACUAUUUGGUCCAAAAUCGUACUUCAAGUGUCAAUUUUGUUCAGAUGAAUUCCAAAUUGAAUAUCUAUUAGAGAAACACAUUGAAUUUGUUCAUGGACCACAAUUAGCGUCGCAUUCAUUAGCUUACAAUAAAAUGAAAAGAUCAAGUCCCAAUAUGGUCUCACCUCAUUUAAGUGAAUCUAAAAAGCGUAAAUCAGAUUCAACUGAUGGAAAUGAUGACAUAAAUGUUGAUGAUGAUGAUACUGAUGAUGAGAAAGAUGUUGAUGAAGAUAUUGAUGAUUCAAGUAAUGACAAGAAGACUGGAAAUAGCAUUGAUGAAGAAAGGUCAUUUUCCCCACCGAACCUAAGAAUCGUUGAAUCACCUCAACAUUCAACACCAUCUCCACCCUUUACAUUUUCAUCAAUCUUUACUAGACCUGGUAAGAGCCCAAUGAAAUGUGUUAAAGGUGAUUAUAUCAAUCUAAAUAAUCCCAUUUGGACUCCUUAUACUCACCUCAUCCAAAGUUCAGCAAACUCAUUGAUGAUUAAUUAAUAUAAAAUAUUAUUUUCAAUUUAAAUUGUAAAAAUGUAAGCUCAUUUUAACCAUUUGAUGUAAAAACAUUUUUUGUUACUGAACCAAGUUCCAAUAAAAAUUACUUUUCAAAUAUCA